GGGAGAACGAACAGACAGAAAAGCCGGAAGUGGAGUUUUAGGAGAGUACAACUUGUUUAAAGAAGAAGGAUUUAAUUACUUCACUGAAGAAAUUCCCUGCGUGAGAUGGACGAGGAGUUCAGCCCGUCUCUCACCCCGCCGGUGUCGCCCUUCGCGGUGGAUAGCCAGUGUGACUCGGUGCUGGCUCCACCGCCCUGCUUCUCCUGUCUGUCCCAGCCAGUCAGGGAUGAAUCAGGCCUAUUAGCCCCCGAUGGGUACGUGGCCAAGGGAGCCUUGAAGAGGUUAUUGCUGAAACUGGACCCUGCCCCCGCGGAUUAUGAGACGGACAUGGUGGACCUUUUCGGCUUCUCCUGGGUGACCGAGACUGCGAUGGUGGAGUCCACCACACUCCUUUUUAACCUGUUCAGGCAGGCGUUCCUCAGGCUGGAGAACCUGGCGCUGUCCGGCACACACGACUUCGGACAAGCGUACAGCCAUCAUUCCCAGGCUGAGCAGCUCCGUCAGCAUUGUGUGCGAUUCCUCCAGUACGUCAGGGUCUUCAUCUCAAGGUACAUGCUGCCUCCUCGGGACCUGGAGGACACUGCCUCACACCCCUACGUGGCCCUGGAAGCCCAGCUCCCCUCGGUGCUGCUGGAGCAGCUCUUUGGGCUCACGCUGCUGGUGGACCGCCUCAAGAACCUGCCCUCCAAUCUUCAGGCCUGCCUGGCUAUGCAGCACCAGGGCACUCGGCUGCCCCCGGCCUGGCACCUCCUGCACCUGCACAUGGAUGUCCACUGGUCUGUGCUGGAGAUCCUGCACCUCCUGGAGGAGAGGAUGAUGGGUCAGGUGGUGUAUGCGCAGCAGCUCGUGGACCUGACUGGAGAGAACUUCACCAACGUCAGUCUGUUUGAAAAGCAGGUGACCAGCCUGCUGCUAGAUCUGAUUGGUCUGGCCAUGACACAGUACAGCAAGGUAAGACCCACAGAAGCCUUGGCCAUACCCCCCUACCACUGCAUCUGUACCAAGGAGCUGUGGGUGCUGCUCGUACACCUGUUGGACCACCGGAGUAGAACCUUGCACACUCAGUCCUUCUGGAGCUACCUAAACAAACUGCUGUGGAGCGUCCUGAAGGGGGAGCCCCAGGACAGGCUGGUGGACGGGCUCGCUCCCUGCAAGGACCCGCUGGGGUUCACAUGGUGGCUGCUGACUCACCUGGCGGAACUCGGGCAGACGUGCAGCAACGGGACUCACCAGGAUGAGAAGCUGAAGGAGAACUGGAGCUUCGUGGCGGCGCUGUUGAAGUCCAGCCUCGGCUCUCAGGGUCUGGAGGAGGAGCAGCUGCGGCUCGUCCUUCACUGCUGCCUCAGCCUCUGUCUGUUGUGGGAGCCCAGCGUUUCCGUGGUUACUGCGCUAUGGGAGCACUUCAGUAAGAACCUGAACAGCGCCUUCACGGUGCCCUGGCUGGGCGUGUCCGGGCUGGGUAGCGUGAGCCGGACGCCCCUCUCCCUGCUGGAACUCGCCCGCAGCUGCUGCGCGUCAGGGCCCCCCGACCCCGCCCAGCUUCGCUCCGCCAGCCACGUCCAGCUCUAUCGCUCCUCCAACUCCUUCCACAUGUUCCUGCGCAUCCUAGCUGUGUACCUGUCCAAGGGCACCGGUGACGGCGCCCCCUGGAGGCAGAUAAAGGGAAGGAUAUACUCCAAGUUCCACCAGCGGCGCAUGAUGGAGCUGUCGGAGAGGGGGCUGAUGCACUUCCUGUUGCUCUUCCUGGUGUUGGGCCGACAGGCAGAGCUGGAAGAUGCGUGCGGCCGCGCUGGCGAGCUGCUGGAGCUGCGGCCCUCCAGCUCGCUGUCCAUCGCCCAGCAGGCGCUGCUGUGGAGGGGCCAGCUGGCCUUCGUGCUGCUCUUCCAGGAGCGCGGGCUGGACGUGGCGGCGUUGGCCGAGCGGGUGGGCGGGGCCUUCGCUCAGGCCGCCCGCGACUUUUACCUGAAGACCACGGAGGCGGCGCGUAAGCUGGCGCUCUGGCCGCUGCUGGGAAGCUACAUGGAGGGCGUGCAGGAGGUGAUGGAGAGCGGCCGCCACCUCCACCUGUCCGAGGAGCGGCUCCUCAACCAGGGCUUCGGCCUCCUCCUGCCUGCGUGCCGCCAGUCGGAGCUGGGCUCAGCCCUCGGCUUCCUGCAGGCCGCACUGGCCCAGCUACGGCGGGUCCAGCAGCACUCCGCUCAGGCCCCUCCCCCCAGUGUGGCCAAAGAGUGCCACCUGGCUGUGGCAGCUGCCCUCUGGGCCAACUUCUUCCCCUUCCUGCGCAACCUGCGACUGUCCCAGACUCCUCCUGCGCAGCUGGCUGACUGUGCUGCAGGAUUCUGCCUGCUGGCUCUGGACCUGCCCAGUUCUGCCCCCCAAGACCUGCAGCCCCAGCCUGCCCUGUCCAUGAUGACCACCUUUGCUUGGGAUGAGAUGUUGCACCCCCUAGUGGUGACUCGUUAUCUCACCCACCUUCUCCAUGACAGCACCUUGGUGUCCUCAAUGACCGCUGCGUCUGGUUCUGCUCAGGCCCUGUGCAUCCGGGCCUGGAUCCGGUGUGUUCUACAGCAGCACGUCCACAAGGGCGUCGACGGGUCCGAGAGCAGAGCAGACAAGAUGCUGAGAGACCAGCUGAAUGAGCUCACUAGGCUGGUGUUCCGGCUGCCGGAGGUGGAGUCACUCCUGCAGGAGGCGGUGGAGGUGCAGCCUUCAGCCCGACAGGAGCCUGGAGCAGCUGUGGCGGUUUUUAUCAAGGUGGUGGGCGGGGCCUACCGCCGGCUGCAGAAUUUGGCUGAGCGCUCUCACCUGGUCACGCGUGCCUUAGACUACAUCGGGGACGUCCUCAAGCACGUGAAGCCCUACCUGGCCAAUCGGAGCCCACCAGAGGGUCUUCAGCUGGCGUACCGCACCGUGGGGUGCCUGGUGAAGCAGUGGAGCCCCCUGCUGGCCACCUCUAAGGCCCAGCAGCUGCUCUUCCGUAUCGUGGAUGUGCUUCUACUUCCUCACGCGCUUUUCCAGCAGGACAAGAACCUGCCAGCAGCCAUGCUGAGCGCCGUCAGGGACAGCCUGCCUCUAUACCUGCAGGGCCUCUCCGAGGCAGCCGGUACGUCCCAGACACAGGGGGCCUACCUGAGACAGCAGCUUCGCAGCGUUAUCGCCCACUACCUGGAACGCUUUUUCCCAGCCACGCCUGCGGCGGCAGCCCUGGCCGAACACCCCAUCUUACUCGCUGUACGUGACGCUCCUCCUGGCCACAAGGGGGCAGUGCUGAGCCAGACUGUGCUGCAGGUGCUCAGUAAUCACAUAGUGCAGUGUAGAGGUCCGGCCUCCUACAGUAAGCUGGCAAUGAUGCUGGCCUUCCUCUUCGAGAUGCUGAAGCGGACCAGGCACCUCGAACGCCCUCUGCUCGCCCUACCCCUGCCGGCUGUCCUCCACUGCCUCCUGCUGGUCAGCGAGUCGCAGGUCAGGAAGCUAAGCACCGACGUACUGCAGCUGCUGUUUGAGUUGCACGCGUCUGAUACACCAGAUGGGUCAUGUGACCAAGUCUCCGCUGUUUUGAAGUCCUUCGUGGAGGAGAACGUGGACACGUACGAUCAGCAGGUGUACGGUGUCUUGGAGCUGGUGGCGCUCCUGGACCGGGUUGCCGUGGAGACUCUCAUCCCCGUCCUGACGCUACGGCUGAGGAGCACGGAGCACAAGCGAGGCCUGGGCAGGAAUGCCACGCUGAGGAACACCUACAAGAAGCUGUUGUCUAGCCUGGGAGAGCGUGGGAUCGCCGAGAUGGCCAGCUUGGACCGCGACUGACGCUGGGUGUUUCAUGCCUCCCCGUCGUCUGCCAGAUUCCGAUCAUGUAUACAUUGUACAUAGAGAAACAGUACUUUCUUUGUAAUAAAUUUCAAAAAUGGUG